GGAAAGAGACGUGGAGGAAAUGUCUGGCAGAUUUGUGUGACAGAGAGCAGCGCUCCCUUGGUGAGGAAGAAGUGAUGGACAUCCUCACCAUGGCCAGUUUUGGUCAAGGAGGAAUUGCUGUCUAACUGAUCCUUUGUGGACUUCUGACCAAAACCAUCCAGUGCGACACAUGCACAGACACAUCCAGAUUCCUGCUAGGAAUUGGAACUGGCAUCGAGCAACACCAACGCCUCCACCCAGACUAGAAACCACCAAGACAUCCCUCCUUCGGAUGAAGCUCGUGUGUCACUCACAGCCCAUGGCAGAGUGUUUGCAGGGGCUUGGAGCAGGUUCCCAUGAGCCUUUCUGAUCUUCUCAGCAAGCUAAUGGAAACAAUCCUGUAACUUCAAGGCAGAACGAUGAGGUUUGAGAGUUCCCCUGACUGGUAAUGAGAGAGUUGAUGCAGCUCAACAGCAGCCAAGUGCCAGUGCAUCCCUAUGUCUCAGUAUUACCAUUAGUCUAAGACAGAGUCACUGCAUGCCAGGAUGGCAACGUCAAACCUGGAGAACCAGCUGCACAGCGCCCAGAAGAACCUCUUGUUUCUCCAGAGAGAACAUGCCAGCACCCUGAAGGGCCUCCAUGCCGAGAUCCGGCGCCUGCAGCAGCACUGCACAGACCUGACCUAUGAGCUGACAGUGAAGAGUUCUGACUUGUCAGGAAACAUUAGUUCAAGAAGUGAUGAACUCAAAAGAAAGUGUGAAGAUCUUGAAGCUCAGCUGAAAGCCAAAGAGGCUGAAAACAAUGAAUUAUUGAAAGAACUUGAACAAAAGAAUGCAAUGAUAAUGGUGCUGGAAAACACUAUUAAAGAAAGAGAAAAGAAGUAUUUGGAAGAGUUAAAAAUGAAAAGCCAUAAGCUCAAUAUGCUGUCGAGUGAACUAGAGCAGAGAGCGAGCACUAUUGCUUAUUUAACUUCUCAACUGCACGCUACUAAGAAGAAGCUGAUGAGUUCAAGUGGGACUUCAGAGGGGACCCCUUCAGGCAGUCCAGUGUUGUCCAGCUAUAAGCCAGCCCCUCCCAAAGAUAAACUGCCUGAGACUCCACGGCGCAGAAUGAAGAAGAGUUUGUCAACACCACUCAACCCGGAGUUUGAAGAGGCCUACAGAAUAGGAUCCGAUAGUCGGAAGCUGCUGUUAAGAGAGCAUGUGGAUGCCAUGCCUGAUCCCACUCCGUUUCUGUUGGCCAGAGAAACAUCAGAGGUCCAUCUUAUUAAGGAGAGGCCGCUGGUUAUUCCACCCAUUGCUUCGGAUCGAGCAUCGGGUGAAUCGCAGAGCCCAGCCCGAGAGAAGCCACACAAGGCACACGUUGGAGUGGCACAUCGCAUCCACCACGUCGCGCCCUCCCAGCCUCAGCCAGAGGUUGAAACGCUGGCGGUGGAUCAGGUCAAUGGAAGCAAGGUGGUCAGAAAGCACUCAGGGACAGACAGAACUGUUUGAGUCAAAUCACUGUUGCCCUUUUCUGUUGCUGUUUAUGCACUGUGAUCCUAUAGGAUAAAUAGCACCUGCAGUAAAGUUUCUUUUUGAUGCCCCAUGCAUGCCAAACUUCUUCCAGAUACAUCAUUAAUAGAUUAUCCUCCUCUAUUGAAACCUACUAGGACUGUGUUCAUAUGGCAAGGUAUAUAACUACUAAAUGCUGUGGCCAAAUCAGGGGUACCUGACUGCUUGCUUCUGAGCACUGCUCCAUUUAUUGUAUUUACACAUGUGGACAAAGGCACAUGCUGCAGGCUGUGUUAUUAAUAUUAGUGAGAACAAACUUACCUAUAAACCUGCAGCAAUACGUAUUGGCUGUUAGCAUUUGAAUAGCAAUGGUUCUUUUGUCUUCACUGUGUAUGUAGCACUUACUUCAUACACAAGCAUUGACUUUCAUGACAAAGCCUUCCUCAUGGUAGCAUUGGAAAUCCAUGUGGCUGUACAUACACUUUAAAACAAACUAAGGACUUUUUUUUUCCUUCAAAAGCUAUCAGUUGUGAACUGUGUUGAUAGUUUCUCAAAGUCCUGAGAGUCCCAGUAAGCAUUGUUCAGCCCUAAAUGCUUUGGUUUGUGGCUCUAAGCAAAAAAUGAGGAAGGAAGGUGGAAAAUCACUGUCUUCAAUGGUUAAUGGUCCUCUCAGAGUAUGAACACAUUGGUUUUGUUUGUAUUUUUAAACUGAGUGGCAUCAUUUUACACUAGUCAGUCAGUGCACUGCACUUGUGGCACCUUCCAUACUGGCUGAGAGCUCCUUUUUUUCAGGGAGAAAAUGUACCUGGCUGUCCUGUAUGAGAACGGUUCUUUAUGCUCUGACCUGCACUUUGUUUUGUAAAGGUUGUUGGGUUUUUUUUCUUGAAAAGAUGAGACUUAUUCAGGGUACUGUGGGCAGUUCUGACUUAUAGUAGCUUAGAAGCCGGAGCUGUUCCUCUGAAACAUGUGUGCUCAGUUUUAAAUGUAACUGACUUACCCGCUUGUUACAAGAGGAGAACCUGGCAUCCCUGAUUUUAUCCUAGUCAGUUGGGAUGCACUUGCCUUGUACCUGUCCUGGUUCCCCUGUCAAGUUAGCAACAGGCAGACCCUGCAUCUGUUGUUAGGCUACUUGAUUUCUGUUCCUUCUUUUUGUUCUUUUUUUCUAGGAAAGAAAGGCAUACUGAGAGCUGUGCGUACGUAAGUUUUGGAAAGGAGUUUUCCUUACAUUCUGCUCAGCACCUCCAGCUUGCCUCUGCUUCACUCUUGUCUGCAGCCUCUGAGUAGGACCGGCAAGAAAAAACAGCUCCCAAAUGCUGCUAAGCUUAUGAUGUGCCUUCAAAAAUUUCGAACACGUAACCUUUGUAAAAGCUGAUGAAGGAUCCCUGCCUGCCCUCUUUCCUUCCCCUUGCCAGCUGUAGUCUGCCCCUCCAGCUUUUUUUCUGCAGCUGUGUGUUGGUGUGUUUCCCUCUGGAGCCUUGGGUAACUACUUGUCAGCUUUCUCCCCCUCCCAAAAAGGCACUGACAGGAUGAAAACAAGCUGUUCUUUCCUACCUGUGGUACUGCUAACUUCCCUGUGCAGCAUGAGAACUUACUGCAGGGUUGGUCCCAGUCAGAGAGGAUCUAAUUGUCCGCUGACCUGAAGGCCUCCUGUGCCCUGUCCCUGUGCCCUCACAGCUCAGGCACUUGCUAGUUUGAGAAGCCCAAGAAAUGCUUGUCAGCAUCGUGCCUUGCCAGUUCUGUGCUAGGGUUUGUUUCAUGAAUGGGGGGGAUGGGGAAAGUUCUUCCUGAGUAAUGAUCAGCUGAGGAAAGUCUGUUAUCCUGGAGUUCAAAGUGUAUUGUAUUACCAGCAGUGUUUUGGGUCUGGGGAUUUCUUUGGUGGUCGUUGCCAUAUUUUUAUGGCUAUUGUAUGAGUGAAGUACCCUGCCUCUUGUUCAAGGCUGGUGGAAGGCAUCACUUCCAAACCCAGCAGAAGUGAUGCUUUGGGCAAUUAAAACCAUUUCUUACAACCGUACAGCCAAACUUCA